AUGCCACCAGCCGUUAUUCCUGCGCUGCCAUUGUCCCGCAUCUGCCCCGGUCCCGAGUCUCUCCCACCCACUGUACCCAUGGAUCUGCUCACGGUCUCCGGAGUGUUCUACCGCCACAACCAUUACAUAACCCGGGGAGACGAAGCGUGUCUUGAGUCGUCGGAGAAACGAAUAGCGGAAAUCCGCAUAGUGCUCGUGGCGUCCCGGACACAUCCAGGUAAAGAGUUCAUCCUCCAGCAUGGCCUGUGCGACGACAUUGGCAAUAUCAGGCAGAUCCUGGGCCCGCGCGGGGCGUAG